AAUAUUUUAAACAUCAGUGUGACUGAAAAAGCACCGACACACCCACAAAAAUGAGAGUGUUCCAGUGCACUGACUGUGGAAGGAGCUUUAACCAGUUACACAGACUGAAAAAACAUCACUGUUGACAGUGAGGAGUGACUGUGCACGUGUUCCAUGUGUGGACACCUCAGCCAAUCAUCAAACCUGGAGAAACACAAGGAUACGCACACCAUGGAGAAACCGUUGAAAUAUGAGGACUGUGGGAAGCAAUUCAUAUCCCCAUCGAAGCUGGAAACUCAUCGGCGCAGUCACACUGGUGACAGGCCAUUCACCUGCUUUGAGUGUGGGAAGGGAUUCGGACAUUCAUCCACCCUGCAGACACACCAGCGAGUUCACACUGGGGAGAGGCCAUUCACCUGCUUUGAGUGUGGGAAGCAAUUCUCUCAGUCAUCCCACCUGCUGAGACACCAUGUCACUCACACCAAUGAGCGACCCUUUAAAUGCUCUGACUGUGGGAGUAGCUUCAAAAGCUCUCGGGAACUAAUGUUCCACCAGCGCAUUCACACUGAGGGGAGACCAUUCAACUGUUCCCACUGCAUAAAGAGGUUUCGAAGGUCAUCGGACCUGCGGGAACACAAGCGAGUUCACACAGUCACCAAGGCAGAGGAUGGCAAUGUUGGAAAUGCAGGUCCCUUUAAGACUAAACAGGACAAGGUUCAGGCUUGCUGUCUCCAAAAAGAGAAUCCAAAAUGUUUGAAUCUGGGAAAUGAACAUAAAAAUGAAGCAACUGAGCAAGAGGAAGACAGUUUCAAUGUGAAAUUGACCAGGACAUUCUCUUUGGAUUGA